GGCCCCAUGCUCCAUAUAUAAAGAGGGGCUGGUGUUAGAGUGAGAGCUGCUCUGAGACUAGCCCUCUGACUUUCAGGAUGAAUACCCUCCAGGCUCUCCUUCUCGUGGCUGCAGGCCUCUCUGUUGCCCAGGCCUUGGACUACAAGGCACUCAACCAGUUCAGACAGAUGAUCCUGUGCGUGAUGCCCGACAGCAGUCCAGUUUUUGAUUACGCUGACUACGGCUGCUAUUGCGGUUAUGGAGGCUCGGGGACACCCGUGGAUGAUCUGGACAGGUGCUGCCAAGUGCACGACGCGUGUUACAGUGAUGCUAUGCAGCACCCCGAGUGCUGGCCCAUCCUGGACAACCCUUACACCGAGUUCUACUCCUACAGCUGUGACGAGCAGAGCAAGACGGUCACCUGCGGCAGCAGCAAUAAUGAAUGCGAGAUGUUCAUCUGCGAGUGCGACAGGAAGGCUGCCGAGUGCUUCGGCAGAUCACCCUGGAUCCCAGAGCACGAGCACCUGCCCAGCGACAAAUGUUAAUAAAGACCGGACGACCGCCUCAAGUCAGGAAUCAACACUUCAAAUCAAACAUCCGUUUUUUUCUUUUUAGUUUUCAGAAGUGACACCUUGCUCAGGAUCUGUGGCAUAUUAAAAAAAAAUAUUCACGAAGACCUGAUGAAUUGUCAUUUUGGUGACAUAUAGCCAUCCAUCAUUCCCUCCUAGAACUAGUUACACAUGCUGUGUUUGUAAUUGUGACGUAAUCCUGACAAUAAACACAGACGUGAACACACA